CGUGCAUAUCGAAACUGGAGAGUAGUAGCCAACAAUCUGCGAAGGACUGUGCAGAGUGCCAUUGACCUUCUAGAGGCAAUGCUGAAGCAGGACAAAUUCUAUAGUGAAAUGAUGCAAUCUCAUUUCCACCCUUGAAAGACUGAUUUAAAGUCUAGAAUCUGUGAUAAAGAAGAGGCUGUUUUAAUUUGACUGAUUAAAGCAGUGUGAAAAAUGACAUACACUAGUGAAAAACUUUAUAAUGAGGUGAUCAGGCGAAAUUUGGCUCGUCUUUCAUCAACCGUCAGAGUGAGAGAGAUCUUGCCUCACUUGCCAUGCCUCACACUCACCGAUAGGGAGGAGAUUGAGGCCAAGAGAGAAACUGCAGGAAACUACUCUGCUAUGCAGAUACUUCUGGACAACCUGCGCAGGCGAGAGAACUGGCCAGAUGAGUUCAUCACUGCACUGCGGAACUGUGAACACCGAGAACUGGCUGAUGAAAUCAGCGCUGCUUAUGACAGGAUCAGAGGAAUGACAAAUAAUCCAGUUGCUGCUGUUGCUGCUGCUGCUGCUGCGCCCAGCCCUGCGCCUAGCCCUGCGCCUACUCCUGCUUAUCCCUCUUCUGCUGCAGCAACAGUAACCAAAGCUACAAUUCAUACUCACCCAGUGACCACUCCUCCUCUACUGACUCCACCCUCAGUGGUUGCCCCAGCCCAAGUACCACCUCCUGCUGAUGUUCUUCAUGGUCAAGAGACCAAGCGUGUACAGCAAGUACAAGUCCCAACUCCAAUUCCUGCCCCCUCUAAUGAAACUGCUCUCCAAGCUGAUAUUGCACCUCCAGUUGUAGCUCCCUCCCAAGUGAUUCCCCCAACUGCAGUCUCAGCAUCCAAAGUGACUUCACCUGUUCAGACAAAUUACAUCCAAACCCGUACUGGGGUAACCGAGAACAAAACAACCAUUGUAGACACCCUAGAUGGCUUGGCUCUAACCAGCCAAACCACCACAACCUCCACUAAUGGAACUGCCCUCUCCACCUUAAGUGCUCAACCAUCCUCCUCAAACACUUCUCAAAAUCAAAAUACAAGCCCCAGCAACACUUCUCAGGGUUCUCCGAGGUCAAAUAAAAAUCAGGUGCCAGCAGCAGUUAAACAGACUGACCCCUCUUAUAAGUACCCGGUCCAAGACACCAAUCCUCCUUUGAAAGAGCAAAUUGUGGUUCAGGAGCCAGAAGAGAUCUCGGAUCCAACCGCAAAUGAGGGGACUAACACUGUUGAAUUGCAAGUCCAAGCCCAAACAACUUUCACCAGAACAGAGCAAGCAACAUGUUCUGGCCCUACUGAAGUAGAUACUCACAGCCCCUCUUCCAUUGACCAGGAGUAUUUCAGCAAGCCUAAUGUCCUUCAGCAUCCAGCAGAGGCUCUUCCUGUUUUGAACGAGGAGCCUUGCUCAGUGGUUUCAGAAGACUUGGAGAUCAGCAGGUCAACAUUGUGUUCCACAGAGACUGAGCAGUCUAGUCUAGCAGAGCACCCAAGCAUUGAGUCUAACAACUCCCCUGAAACAUUUCCUUCUGCUAAGAUGCCAGUAGACUGUGUUGCUGACCCAAAUCACAACACGGGGUCUCUCUCUAACUCCAAUGAAAAUUCUAAUCACACUGCUUGCCUUGAGGCAGCCUUUCAGUCCUUACAUGAAAAUGGCCCUCCAAUGAAUGCUCACUUGUCUCCUAACCAGCCUGAGGAGGAUGACUAUGAAUCUCUCUGUGAGAGUCAAACAGAACCAGGAACGCUGAUGAAAGUCAUUCAUAUUGAUGAGCAACCAUCUGCUGAAAAUCUGAGUGGUCAGCCACCAAGUAUUCAGGGCAAUGCAGUCAACCCAGGUGGAGUGUCAGCAAAUGUAAAACACCUGUCUUUUCUGAGGACCAACAUCUCUGAGGAUCAACCUACCCUGAACCAUCAAAGCAUUGAAAAUGAAGUUAAUCUCAGUGACGCGGAAGCAUCAGACAAUAAGAAGUCAUCUUGCAUUAACUACCAGGAGCAAGAGUCCAAUGCCACUAGACAAGCAAGCAAUCUACAGUUAGAGCAGAGAGAAGAGGGCAGGGCAUUAUUUCAGAUAAACAAUUCCCAUCUUUGUGCUGUUGCAGGAAUUGGUCUGAUUGCCAUUUUCCUGGCCUGGAAGCUCAAUCAUUAACUCUAAAUUCUUAAAGCGAUUGUUCACUCACAAAGUACAUUUCUGAUAUUAUCUCCUCACAUGUUGCACAAACCCAUGUGAUCUUUUACUGUGGAACACAAACAGACUUAAUUAGCAGAAUGUCCAGCGUGCUCUUUUCCCAUACAAAAAAAGAGUUUAGUAAAUGUUGCUGUCAAGCUCCUCAAAGCUAAAACCUACUAUAAAAGUUGUCAAUUUUGUGAGCUAUAUAAUCAAAGUCUUCUAAAGCCACACAAUUGCUUUGUUUUGGGAAUAGAUUGAAAUUUAAGUCGCUAUUCACUGAAAAUCUUGCCUUAUACUCUGCUCAUUCUCUAUAUUGGUUUUGUCCCUACGUAUUUAUUUUCUGUAUAUAUAAUCCUUGCUCAUCAUGUGCCUUAUAUUUGCCAGGAGGAACAGUGAUCAAUUAAGACUAUUGACAUUGUUACAAUUGUAAAGUAAGAUAGGCUACCUAAAAUAAAUGGAAUGACCUGUACAUGUAAAAUUAUAUGGAGAGCCCAGUUUUCCAGGUAUUAUGUUAUACAACAAUUCGUUGUACAGUCAGUUAUGAAACGUUGCAAGAACUCUUGUGUGUGACAGACCAUGAAACUAAGUGACUAUUGCAUAACUUCGGUUGCACAUUUAUGGAACACUCACUCAAGAACUACAUGGACUGUACAACUGCUUCAAUCCCUUCCUUUAAUGCAUCACAAUUUCACAUUCACGGAAGCCUUAGAACUCUUUUUCCAUCACUGUCCUACGUGUGAAUUUCUGUGAGCAAUCUGACCCAUGUGAGACUGUCCAACAGGCACUUGUAAUUUGACUGAAACAUUCACUGGCACAAACACCGGCAUGCGGCUGUCCACCGUUGACAGAAUCAAAUGCUGUUAAAAGUACUUAUAUUGAAGUAUCUGUAAAAAUGGAUAAAGCAGAAUUGUUAACACAACCAAAGUACCAUGUGUGGAGGAGAAAACAGUUUAUGUAUCAAUACUGUAUAAUAUUGUCACAGUUCAGUUGUACUUUGCUCAUCAUUUAUCAGUUUCCUCUGUGUGAUUAAAGCAUAAACGUAUGUGCUUAUGUAUAAAUUGAUAAACCAUCUCAUAUUGUGAGUAAACAUGGUAUUUUAAUGCAUGAUUUGUGCAUAUUGACUUCAUAAAUGACAUUAGAAAUCUCAGAAAUGGCACUUGUAUCUACACUUUUUAAAACAGGUGGUGUGAAAUUCAUUUAUGUAUGAUUGAACAUAUUUAAAAUGAAAUUAUUAUAGUCAUGUUACUAAUGAUCUGUUAAACAUUCUUCAGAGCCUGCUCAGUUGGAUACUGUGUUUCAGGGGAACUUUUAAAGUAGGGACUCUGAAUGAAUGUUUAUACACUGUUUUUCUUUUUUGUGCACCGGCCUUGACCAUGUCCAGUCUUAAUGAUUUCCAACAAAAAAAAAUUCUGAAAUAAAAUGUCAUA